UUUAUUCAGGCGUGAAUGAUAUAUCAAAACUUCCUACGAAUCUGAUUAUCAGUGAAGAUGAAAUUAAAGAUCCUUCUCACAAAUUUAUCAAAAACUUGUUUUUGGUUAUUUCAAAAUGGAUUAAAGAUCCUUAUUGCAGCAUGUGAUACAGGUGCCAUAGAACAAUUAAGAGUAUAUGUUGCUUUAGUUUAUUUACUAGUUAGUUUCAGUGAAUAUUCUCAACAAAAUUGUAAUCAAUUUACGAAAUUUAAUUAAGCUUUGAAAGAUUUUUCUAGAUUACAAAUCCAAGACAUAUAG